CAACUGGGCCGUGAAAAAGCUCCGCGUGCGAGCUGUGCUUGUGUGUUCCCGGAGAGCUGCAGUGUGUGUGUGCGCGCGGUAGACGCACUGUGGAGCUUCCAUGAGGAGAAGAUGCUGAACAUGUGGAAAGUUCGAGAGCUGGUGGACAAAGCCACUAAUGUGGUGAUGAACUACUCUGACAUUGAGUCCAAGGUGAGAGAGGCCACCAACGAUGACCCCUGGGGGCCUUCUGGUCAGCUGAUGGGAGACAUAGCAAAGUCCACCUUCAUGUACGAGCAGUUCCCAGAGGUGAUGAACAUGCUGUGGACGAGGAUGCUGAAAGACAACAAGAAGAACUGGAGGCGUGUCUACAAGGCGUUGCUGCUGCUGGCCUACUUGAUCAGGAAUGGAUCAGAGAGAGUGGUGACCAGUGCAAGAGAACACAUCUAUGACCUGAGAUCUUUAGAGAACUACCACUUCCUUGAUGAGAAUGGUAAAGACCAGGGCAUCAACGUACGACAAAAGGUGAAGGAGAUGGUGGAGUUCAUCCAGGAUGACGAUAGACUCCGGGAGGAGCGGAAGAAGGCCAAGAAGAACAAGGACAAAUACAUCGGAGUGUCCUCUGACAGCAUGGGAGGAGGAGGUGGAGGGAGCUUCAAGAAUUCUACUGAGCUGGAGCGCAGCAAGUGGGACGAGGACUGGGACAAAAGCCGGGCAGCGUUCCCCUUCAGUGAGAAGCUGGGAGAGAUCAGCGAGAAGAUUGGCAGCACCAUCGACGACACGCUCAGCAAGUUCCGCAAGAAGGAACGAGACGACUCCCCUGACAGGAUCAGCGACAACGAGGAGGACAGGGCAUCCAGAAACGGUCGUCAGGAGGCCCUCGAGUUUAAAGACGAGGAGGAGACUGUGACGACCAAGAGCAUCCAGAUCACCCAGGCAACAGAAACCACCACAACCACCACACGCAAACGCAGUGGCGGCCCCAGCACCAAGACUUUGGAUCUCGGUGCUGCUGCCCACUACACAGGAGGCAAGAGUCCUGAGGAGGAGACGUCUGUGAGAAAGUCACCCAGUGACUGUCUGGCUGACCUGCUUGUUAUCGAUCCGUCGUCCAGUCAGAGUUCUGCAGCAGCUGCCGCACCAACCAAUGGGAACACUGAAUUUGGAGACUGGAGCGCCUUCUCCAACCCUCAAACUUCAUCAAGCUCCGCCUCCUCCCAGCCAGUCACCGACCUGUUUAGCAGCAUACAGCCGCAAUCGGCGCCCGCCUCCAACCCUGCCUCCGUCCCGCCGUCAGCUGAGCUCUUUGACCUGAUGGGCGGGGUUAACCAGGCAAUAACCAAUGCCACGCUGAGUGCCUCACAGAGUUUGACCUUCUCUGUGGGAGGCGCAGCACCAGGACCAUGUGUCACUAUGCCAACCAUGCCGCUUUCUCGCUCCCAGCAGAGUUUGGGAGGUUUGGUGUGUCAGCCACCUGUUGGACUCAAGCAGAAGGUCGGGAUGGGAGUUCCGGGAUCUUUAGGGUCCACCUGGUCUGACCCGUCUGUCAACAUCAACCUGGACUUCUUGUCAUCCAGCCUCAACCCCACAAAGUCCCAGGCCACACUCAACCAUAUCCUGCAGCAACAAGGAGUACCUCCUGUCCACCUGAUGGCCCAGAACUUUGGAGGACUCAACCUAAGCUCGCCGCCUGACGUGACGCCCAUCAGACCUCUGGCCAAUCACAUGAUGGCGAACAGCACCAUGCCACCUUCAAUGACUUCAGGGCCCGUGGGAAUGGCCACGCUUCCGGUUAACGCUGGCAUGAUGGGAAUGAACAUGAACAUGAGCAUGAAUAUGGGCAUGGCUGCUCCCAUCAUGAUGGGAGGGAUGACCGGCAUGGGAGCGCCGGGAGUCGGAAUGGGCCUCACGCACUCUGUCACCCCAGGUGUUGUUCCGGCCAAACAAGAUGCCUUUUCCAGCUUUGGCAAUUUUGGAAAAUGAAUGAAUGUGUGUGCGCUUGUUGAAGGGUUGUUCUGCAUCUGCAGUCAGGACUUGCAUGCAUCUCUCUGUUGGGGGUCUUUGAAGGUCUAGCAAACAUGUUCCGUUAAUGAUAGUUACCACUCAGUGUUCUAUAUCCACUUUUCGCUCCACACUAUCCAGGACUUAAUGUGCUCGUCCUCACUAGGAUGCAUCAAAAACAUUUGAUGUUAUUUCUUCGUAUGUAUGAAAAUCAGACAGUUAACUGAUGAACUUAGACUUGGCUCCGUGAUGAACACAUCUGAUGAGUAUUUUCUGAACGGCUGCUUGUCUCACUUGGACUUGGUCAGACUCCUCUCCAAACACUGCCAUUUUCCCUCCGAACAGUCACUGUGGCCUCAGCAGAGACACACAGACGACACAAAUGUGCACCAGGAAACAACAUGGAUGUCAUCAUGUGGAUCAGUUACACUUGCGGCAAGGACAGAUAGACCUGAAGGAGAUUGUGUGUGUGUGUUUGGCGGGGGUGGGGUUAAGUGUGCAUGGAUGUAUGUAUCAUGUAUGUGUGUAGUCUGACUUUGACAUGCACACACAGCUAAGCAGAGCCUUUUGUCACUCUCUGAGACAGUGUGCUCCAAAUGACCAAAUCUUUAUUUUGUUACUCUCAGAAGGAUGAUUCCAUAGAUUUAACUUGAUAUUAGUUUACCUAUCUUCAUACAGGAGAGCUACUAAUAACAUUGUUCAGUUGAAACAAAUCAUGUUGUGUUCUUUUUUCCAGUGCACCUCGUUUUUUUAAUUGUAUAUUUCUGUACUUCAUCCUACAUUGUAUUAAAUUAUAACAUGAAGUUAGUAU